GAAAAAAAAGGGGGGGGGGGAGAGAUUUGGGAAUAUUCUUUGUCCUCACCCCGCAGUAGGCAACAACGCACAACUGGAGAAGGACACGGGCUCCCCACAAACAAACAAGAAAAAGAACCGGAUGGCUUGAUAUUAAACCGGGAGGGCUUUAUUUUAAUAAAGAGAAAAACCAAGCUCCUGAAAUAAGCGACAACUUCGAGGAGCCGUCGGGUUGAAAGCAGAGACUCCCCAAAUCACAACCGAAGGUUAGAGAGCUUCCCUUCGGCUGCAGUGGCAAAAUGAGCUGGAGUUUCCUUACACGUCUGUUGGAUGAGAUUUCCAACCACUCAACCUUCGUGGGCAAAAUCUGGCUCACCCUCCUCAUCGUCUUUCGCAUCGUGCUGACUGCUGUCGGGGGCGAGUCAAUCUACUAUGAUGAGCAGAGUAAGUUUGUGUGUAACACACAGCAACCCGGUUGCGAGAACGUGUGCUACGAUGCGUUUGCACCGCUGUCACACAUUCGCUUCUGGGUGUUUCAGGUGAUUAUGAUCACCACCCCCACCAUCAUGUACCUGGGCUUUGCCAUGCAUAAGAUUGCCCGCAUGGAGGACGAUGACUACCGGCCGCGGGGCAGGAAGAGGAUGCCGAUAGUGAGCCGCGGUGCCAACCGGGACUAUGAGGAAGCGGAGGAUAAUGGGGAGGAGGACCCCAUGAUCCUGGAAGAGAUUGAGCCAGAAAAGGAAAAGGAAGUCACGGAGAAGCCCAGCAAAAAGCACGACGGACGCCGUCGCAUCAAGCGCGACGGCCUGAUGAAGGUCUACGUGUUUCAGCUGCUGUCACGGGCCAUCUUUGAGGCCUCAUUCCUGUUUGGACAGUACAUCCUUUAUGGGCUGGAGGUGGUCCCGUCGUACGUGUGCACGCGCUCCCCUUGCCCGCACACGGUGGAUUGCUUCGUCUCACGCCCCACAGAGAAAACCAUCUUCCUGCUCAUUAUGUAUGCCGUCAGCGCCCUGUGUCUGCUCUUCACCAUGUUGGAGAUCCUUCACCUCGGCUUCAGUGGUAUUCGGGACUGCUUUUGCACACCGCGGCCUAAGCCUCCCACCCCCCGUCACCCAGCUCUGUCCAGCCAGAGGUCCUCCAUCAGCCGCCAGCCAUCUGCACCUCCAGGCUACCACACGGCUCUGAAGAAGGACCCGUCGGGGAAAAUGGGCUUCAGGGACAACCUGGGAGACUCGGGCCGCGAGUCGUUUGGCGACGAGGCUUCAUCGCGGGAGCUGGAGAGGCUGCGAAGACACCUGAAACUGGCUCAGCAGCACCUGGACCUGGCUUACCAAAAUGAGGAGAGCAGCCCGUCGCGCAGCAGCAGCCCAGAGUCCAACGGAACCGCAGUGGAGCAGAAUAGAUUAAACUUUGCCCAGGAGAAGCAGAGCAGUACAUGUGAGAAAGGUCUUCGUGCGUAGGUUCUCAUAAGACCACCUGACACAAGACUAAAAUUUACAUCAGUGACAUCAGGAUCAGUGAGAGGACACAAGGGAAUCUCUCUCUCUCUCUCUCUCUCUCUCUCUCUCUCUCUCUCUCUCUCUCUCUCUGUCUCUCUGUCUCUGUCUCUCUCUGUCUCUGUCUCUCUGUGUGUGUGUACCUUGCUUGAGGUGGAUGAAGUCAGCCCAAGCCUCCCUGUGUUACGGCCAGUUGUGGUGGGACAAAGAGGAGAGCGGUCGUCUCAACCAGCAAUACUUGAGACGCCUGUCUGAAGAUCCAAAGUGCUUACAAACUACCGUCAUGCAGCAAGAACGGUUAAGGUUAUCAUGUACUUCUCCCUCAGGGCAACUAAUAACUGUAAUGUUUUUUUAUAUAUCUUUUUUUUUUUUAAUUAUUAUUACGGGAGUUUGUCCUCCUUUUUGGAAGUUCACAGUGAAUGCAUCUCAAGUUGGCCUUAGAUCUAAACUAGUUGUAAUGGCAUUUUGUAAAGGUAUGACCAAGCCAGUUGUAGUGCAAAGAACAUGUUUAUACCGUUAAAAAAAAAAAAAAAAAAGUUUACUUGGUGAGGAAGUGAAUCUGAGUGGGUGAGAUGCAAAACAAAGGUUAAUGGACAAGCCACCACUCCUUAAAAAACGGUACUGGAGUUGUCGUCAUGCUGAUGAAGAUAUUUUUGUUAAUUUUCAUACAAAGGUUUCUCUCAAGUGUGUCACUUUUUUUAGUAUUUUAUAAAUAGUUUUUUGACAAUGUUGGCACUGCACCAGUCAACAUUCCCGAGCCUGGUGCUGCGAUGGUAACUGGAACACACUUGGGGUGCCUCUGUCCAAAGGAAUAAAACAAACCUGGGUAAUGCUUGAAAAAUGUGUAACUUUUGAUAUUGUCUUGUGUUGUUUAAACAUGUAUUUGAUAUGGUUCUUUAUUUUUGUAUUGUAUUAAGAAGAGGCUACUGUCAACGUGGCAGACAUGAUUUUAUUUUAACACAACACUCAGUCUGCUGUCUUAGUUCCCUGAAGCUUGUGCAUGUACUUGCAAUCUUUAAGUUCAACUGUUCAGUUAUUAAAAAAAAGUAAUAACCUGCAACUUAAUAUUUACGUAUCUCUGACCAGCAAUUUUUUCCUUUCCGUACAAACCUGGAUUUAAUUGUAUAAUUUGGUUAAAUAAGGGAAAAUACUGUUUGUGUUCCAUGUCAGAGAGAUUAUUGCUGUUCUAGAAACUUAAUGAGGGUUGUUAAAAGAAACAUAAUCAUUUCAAUGCCUUGAACGUGCUCCGAGAUGCCAUCUUUUGUAUGCUGAGUCAUGCCCACAGUGCCGAAUCAUGCCCACAGUGCCAAUCAGUGUCAAACUCAAAUAUUGUCAUCUCAAGUUAUUUUGGAACAAUGCUUUUUGUACUUUUUAUACUUUUUGUAUUGAUAGUUCUUUGUGGUUAGUUUUUAAAAUAAAUUUUUUCAACAA